AUGCAAGUCUGGACCUGCACUGAAACUAUCCUUAAAGAGAAGUAUGGCGCUGUUUCGGGCACUUCGGACGCAGCCGCUAUCGUAGCAGGUAUAGCUGGGAUGCUCUACACCCUUGAACCAUCUGUGGAGAACACGCCCACCCAAGGUGUCAAGGACAGUAAGGGGGAAAAGAAUCUCUCAUUCGGCCUCGACGGCUGUCAGUAA